AUGACCGGCGGCGUGUACGGUUCCGCAAGAGGAAGCCGCAACCCGCGGCGAGACCGGGUCCGAAACGGCGAGGAGGAGAACAGCAAAGGCAGCCAUGGCAGUCAGCAGUCAUCCGGCGCCGGUAGCGGGGGUCGCGGCAUUGAAGGAUCGCCUAGCGGAGGCGACGCGUCCGGGUCAACAGCGUGGGCGAUAGAUUUCUCAGAGGUCGAAUUGGGUGAGCUGAUCGCAACAGGGUCGUUCGGCGUGGUGCAUUCCGGAACGUAUCGAGGCACGCGCGUCGCGAUAAAGUUUCUGCUCUUCCCUGAAGCUUCUAGCGAGGACGAGUUGAAUCGCGCGAAACGGGGGUUCCGGCAAGAGGUGUCCGUGUGGCAUAAACUCAACCACCCCAACGUCGUCCAGUUCCUAGGAGCGUACAUCAACCCGCCCAAGUGGGCAAUCGUGACGGAGUUCCUAGAUGGCGGCACAGUCAAGGGCUUCCUGUCGCGCCUGGGCAAGCGCCGCCUGUCGCUCAAGCAGAUAGCGGCCAUGGCUCUGGACGUGGCGCGAGGCAUGCAGUACCUGCAUUCCAACAACAUCAUCCACAGGGAUCUCAAGUCCGCGAAUCUGCUGCUCAACUCAACUGGAGCCGUGAAGGUGGCGGAUUUCGGGCUGGCGAGGACAGAGGCGCAGGAGCCGGGGAACAUGACGGCUGAAACGGGCACGAUCCGGUGGAUGGCGCCAGAGAUGAUCGACCACAAGCCGUACACACGCAAGGUGGAUGUCUACUCCUAUGGCAUCGUGCUGUGGGAGAUCUGCACGGCCCAGUGGCCCUUUGAAGGGCUGUCCUUUGUGCAGCUAGCUCACGCCAUUGUUGCCGAUAACCUCCGCCCCCCCACUAAGGACUGCCCCAGCCAGAUCACGAAGCUCAUCACGCGCUGCUGGGAUAAGGACCCAGACAAGCGGCCUGACUUUGACGAGAUUGUGGCUUACCUGGAGAGAAUCGGGGAUGGGCGGAGCCGCAACAAGGUUGACGACUCGAUAGUGCCUGUUCCUGGACCAGACUCCAGCAGCAGCAAGCCUCCUCUUGGCCCGGGAGGGAAGGCGACGAACGGCGUGCCGCCACCUGGCACCGCAUUAGGCGGGGGAGGGGGGGGCGGAGGGGGGAAUGAUGGUUCUCAGGAUGGGAUAGCGUCGCGGCAUGGGCCGAGAGAAGAGCCUCAGAUGGACAGCGGGUGGAAGAAAAUUCAGGUGGAGCCGAAGAAAGAGGCGAGCGGGUGUGGGUGUGUGAUCUUGUAG